GCUGGGCCCCACCACGGCCCUCCUCCUUCCUACGAGCCUUGGACGGGCGGCGCUGAACCGAGAAAAAUUAGGGCUUUCGAGUAUGAGGAGCGGCCGAGGCUUGAUUCAGACCACUUCGAUUGGGAUCGGCGAGAUUUGGAGGGGAGGGCGUAUAGGAUGAGGGAAGAUGGUAGCUUGGAUGGGGAGUUUAGUGACAGGACACAGCCGAGGCAGCAACAUCAGCAGAUUAGGCUUAGGAUGAGGGAAGAUGGGAUCUUGGAGGAGGAUUUGUCCCCUAGGGUUAGAGAAUCUUCGAGUUUUGACAGACGAAUGGCAGUGCCGGUGACGAUGGCGCCAGUUGUAAGGUCGUAUGAUGUUGGGAGGGGUAAUUCGAUGGAAGUGAAUGCUUCUGAGAUUGGAUUUCAAGGCAAUAGAUACAAUGAAGAAGGUUUGAAAGUGAAUCACUAUGCGGGGAGCAAAGGGAAAAGGAAGUGGGUUAUUACAGGGAAAGACUUUGGUGAGGAUGGUGGGUCUAAAGAGAAUCGUUACUUGGGGAACAAGGGGAAGAGAUGGAAGUUUAAUCAGGGGAGCUCUCAGUACAAUAAUGAACGGGGUUCUUCGAAAAGAUUUAAUGGUCAAAAACCUAGUGCCUUGGGGAGGAUACAAAGCGGGAUUUCUGUCUGGAAUAGGAUAGAGGAGAAGCCCUCGCCGCCUUCCGAAUUCUCCAAUUUAGGGUUUUUAGAGGAGAGCCAACCGGAAAUUGAUUCGAUCGAUCUUUCAUAUAAGUCUAAUGCUUUGGUGGCUAAGGUUGUGGCGCCCUCAAGCCCAGAACCACAGCCGAGUGUUGAGGGAACAAGUCCUAGAUUGCUAACCCCAAAAAAUAGGAUGAAGAUGAAAAAGGUAGACAAGGAUAGGACUCCUAUUAUUUCAAGUUUGAUAGUUUCUAGGACAGGGGAUGGAGUGCCUAAUAAUCUAGUAUCGAGUAGGUCUCAAGUUUCUAACAGUGUGGAAGGUUCAAAAAUUGUAAAGGCUUCUUCGAGCAAGCCUGCGAGUGAUAAAUCAAAGAAGAAAAUUAGUUCUUCUGGGAAAUGUGCAAGAGAUGUGAUUAAGUCUGCUACAAAUGGAUUAAAGAAGGCAAAACUUGUAGGAGACGCAUCAAAGAAGGCUAUUAGUUCUUCUAGCAAGCCUGCGAGUGAUGGAUCAAAGAAGUUCAUUGGUUCUUCUUGUAAGCCUGCAGGUAGUGCUAGAUCUCAGACUUUAUCUAAGAAAGUAGCAAAAGUGGCAUCAGUCAAGAGGGCUGUAGCAAAAAAACCUGCAAAAGCGAUGAUAAAGAACGUCAGUGAGGAUUGUAGGCAAGAAGAUAAAGUUAGUGAUAGCAAGUCUACUGACUGUACGAAUUCACAGCUUGUUCAACCAGGGUUAGCGGUUAUAACAACAUCAGUUGAGAAUAGUGCCCCACAACAAUCUAGUAUAGAUAAAUUUGUUUACUGGCCAAUGGAAGUAGCACCAACCAAUGAAAAUUGUGCCGCAGAACAAUAUGCUAAGGAUGAUACUUCAGUUCAUGGGCCAAUGAUAGUAACGUCAUCAAUUGAGACUAGCAUAGCAGUUAGACCCAGUACGUAUGCAAAUUUUGUUCCAGGGCCAAUGCUUAUAGCAAGUGAGAAAACUGCAUCAAAACAAUCUGUGAAAGAUGGUUGUUGUCUUCAGGCUUCAAUGGUUGAAAGAACAACAAGCGUGAAUUAUCCCAUGGAGCUGUGUGGUAAAGAUGUUAAUUUAGUUCAGGAAUCAAUAGUGACAACAUCAUCAGUUGAGAAUACUUCUAUAGAACAGUCUUCUAAAGAUUUUAAUUUGAAGUGGAAUAACAUUGCUAAUGACACUGUUAAAGAAGAAGCCAUCACGCCCGUCGAGAGCACUGUUCCAGACUCUACUUGUCCUGUUGUUUCUGGUACUAGGGUUGUAAUUGAUAUCAGUUCAGACAGUUCUCCUGAGAUGGUGACUGAUAUAAGGUCACCAUCUAAAUCUAUUUCGGCUGAGGAACUUAAUGCUGGGGAUUGUAGAAAAGAAACAGAUGCUGGUAAUGCCUCAGAAUCUGAUGCUAAGCUUGGUAUAUCCUCUUUUACUGAGUGUUCUUCAUUUAGAUUGGCUGGUGAUGCGCAAACUCUGCCAGAAAUCACUAUGCCAAUAGUGACAUCUCCCAUUUUCUGUUCUCCCUAUGAUGAGAAUGUCAAAAGGAAAAGAGAGGAAAUAGAUAAACAACAUCAGUUAGAGGUAUCUUCAGUCAGUAACGAACUUGAAAUUCUCGCUGAACAAAUGAACGAAAAUAGUGAGGUUAGGCCUUCCGAUGCUUCUAGCUUGGUUCAGGAUAAGAAUCCACCUAGUGGUGCCACUAUUGCAGAAGAUAAUGAUCUCAGGUUGAGUAGGGCUCCCUCUGUGUCUGAUAAUACACCAUUUUUGGAAGAAAGGUCUGUGAAUGUUGUAAUGACUGAAAGAGUGGAGCAACUAUUACCUUUAAGUCCUUCUGAAAACUGCGCUUUGAUAGACGCUAAGAGAGCUCAACAUGCAUCAACUUUCACCAUGGAAGAGCAGUAUAAUCCACAAUUAUCUGAUAGUAUUUGCUGCAGUGGCAACAAUAUCAUUGCUAAUAAGCAAGAUGACAAACCUAUCGUUAAUGACGAUUCAUUAGUAUUCUCGAAGAAAUUAUUGGAAUUGGAUGCUGAACAGGACAGUACAUCUGAUAAAGCACAGUUCGUAGAAUCACACGAGCCAAAGAAAUGCAUAAAUGCAGAUGUGAAGCUAACAGGAGUAACUACAAGUACAAAGUUCAUUUUGAGUUCUGGAGUUCCAAGAGUUUUCACAAAUCAGUUGAGUUCAACAGGGCCAUCGAAAGAAACUGCUCGUUCAAGUCGGAGUGUAAGAAACAAAACGUGGCACCGAAUAGAUGCCCCUUCUUCUUCUGCUUUGCCUAUACAUGGAAAUUUGCAAAACAUGGGUGGUAUAGAUAAACAGUCAGCAAAGAAACAGUCACCAAAGAAGCUUGGAAGGGUUCCCAAUUCUUCUUAUGUUCGUAAAGGCUUCAAGCUUAUCAGGAAACCAGUUACUGUAGCCUCUUCUCCCAUUCUACCUCAUCGAUUUGAUGCAUCAAGUAGAAAGAGUCAUUUAGCAGAGAGGAGCAUGACCUUUGGGAGUAUGGAUAAUAUUUCAAACCGCAAAGCUUGUUUAAAUCCUACUCUUGAAAGGCCCAAGACUCCUCCUUUGUCUCUUGGUUUCAAAGUUCCUAGUUACACUCUAGAUACUCAAAAGGAAUCUCAUCAACUUCUGUCAGAAGAUCCAGUAUCUGAACCAAGUGUAGAAGCUGAAGCAAAACCAGAUGAAGGUCAAAAGUUUGACAUGCUAUCUGAUAGCGUGCACAAUCUGAGCAUUGCGAAUGGUAUGAAGUCUGAACCCUUGACAAAAAAGAGAAUGUCAUACGUGAAACACAAAUCCAAUCAACUGGUUGCUGCUCCACAAUCUGAUUUCGGUGAUUCAUCUACGCAUCAGAUGGAGAAGACUGAGAAAUUAUCUACUUCUACAGGUCAUUACUAUAUGCGGAAAAAGAAUCAGCUGAUCUUGAAUGCAUCAUCUUCAGACAGUCAGCACAAGCAAGAUGGAACAGCCCCUGUUCAUAAUUCAAAUUCUGAUGGUCAAGAUGCUUCCAAUGUUUUCUCCCUGGAAUGCUGCAGAACUGAUCCAUUUAGGAAGAGACUAGAUAGAGUUCUGAGGAAGAGACAUAAACAUUCAAAAUUUUCUCGAGUGUGGACACUGGGUGGACAGUCGGAUAAACAACGUGUUACAUCACGGAGCUGUUGGGAAGUCAUGCCAUACCUUUUCCCAUGGAAAAGAAGCCCAUACUGCAAGUUUUCCAAAAAUAAGUCUGUGUUGAACUCCAACAGAGGUUCUCUAUCACUAAUUAGUCGCAAAUUGCAGCUUACAAGAAAAAGGGAUACCAUCUAUACUGUUUCUACUGAUGGAUUCUCUUUACGUAAAGCUGGAGUUGUUAGCAUCGGGGGAUCGAGCUUGAAAUGGUCAAAAUCCAUUGAUAGACACUCAAAGAAGGCUAAUGAGGAAGCUACACUAGCAGUAGCUGAAGAAGAGAGGAAGAGGAGAGAAAGAAAAAGGAAAAAACCCAUGGGUUCUCGUGGAAAGCAUAGCUUCACACGCAAGUCAACUUCUGAUAUUGAGCUACAACAAGGGGAACGAAUCUUUCGUGUUGGUUCAGUUCGAUAUAAAAUGGAUGCUUCCAAACUGACUCUAAUAACGAUACAGGAUGACCAAUCACCAGGUGCUGAUGAUAAGCAAAUACAGAAGAAUACUUUUGUUCCAAGGAGAUUGUUAAUUGGCAAUAAUGAGUAUGUUCGAGUAGGGAAUGGUAAUCGACUGGUUAGAGACCCAAAGAAACUUAUUCGUAUGUUAGCUAGUGAAAAAAUACGAUGGAGUUUGCACACCGCUAGGCGGCGAUUGGCUAAAAAACAGCAAUAUUGCCAAUUUUUUACUCGAUUUGGCAAGUGUAAUAAGAAUUCAGGAAAAUGCACAUACAUCCAUGAUCCUGAAAAGGUUGCUAUCUGCACUAAAUUUCUUAGAGGAGUAUGUACUGAUGCUAACUGCAAGUUAACUCAUCAGAUUAUUCCGGAAAGAAUGCCAGAUUGUUCAUAUUUCUUACAAGGACUCUGCACAAAUAUAAGCUGUUCUUAUCGACAUGUGUAUGUAAAUCCCAAAGCUUCUGUUUGUGAUGGGUUCCUCAGAGGAUAUUGUGCUGAUGGCGAUGAGUGCCGCAAGAAGCACAGUUAUGUGUGCCCCCUCUUUGAAGCUACAGGAAUCUGUCCACAAGGAUCUAAAUGCAAACUUCAUCAUCCUAAGAGCAGAAAGAAGUCCAAAAAGAGGAAACACUCUGAAAUUCAAAACAGUAGCAGGGGGAGAUACUUCAGCUCGAAGAUUGUCAAGUUUAGUGAACCCAUGGUGAUUGCUUCAGAUAAAUGUAAUGAGGAGAAGGGUGCAGACCAAUUUGCUGAAUUUAUCAGCAUCGACGUUAAUAGUGAUAAUGGUGAUGAUAUAGAAACUAACGUUUCAAAGGACUCGAACUCAAAAGAGUCUGAUUCUGACCUCUCUGACAGGCACCCGGAUGAACUUGAUGCGCUUGUAAAGCCAAUGCGCAUAAUGAACAUGGUCAACUUGCAGACUCCCUUCAAUACUUGCUGAUGUACAUAAUAGUGGAUAUAUUCUUUCGGCUGGUCCAGUUUAUAUACCUUUUUACCAAUUUUGUUAUCAUUUUAAGGUGGAGAUUAUGUGGGUUUGUACAGUAUUGUAUUAGAUUUUGUCUCUAGCAUUCAGGAAAGCUGUAACAGAGGAGGAGAGAACUAUGCUUGCUCUAGUGUAGCUUUACAGGGUGAUAUCAUAGAGAAGUGAUGUUGAUCGAGUUAUUUAAGAGGUAACUGUGAAAUACUAAUCUUUUGUAAUAGAAUAGUUCAAUUGCCUUUAUUUUGUGGUGUAAAGUGCUGUUAUUUCUUC